AAAAAACGACACAUGAUGAUAUCGCUGUAUUGAAAAAAUAAUACGCAUAAUAUUUUUUAUUUAUUAAUAUUAGCGUACCUAUCGUUACCUGCUGUUUGUUCAAAUAUUUAAACAAAUAUAUAUAUUUGGUACAUAAACAGAGAAUGACAUAACCAAAAAAAAACAGAGUUACAUGGAAGUGAAAACUAAGAGAUCAUUUCCUUUUGAUGAGGAUUUUGUCACGAAUAAUCAAGUGAAAAAAUUUAAAGUACAUAUUAAUGAAACGCGGAACAGUAUCAACAGCAUGUCUAAACAUAAUUUUACAAAACGUUCCAAAGUACAAUCCUCAGAGGCAUCGAAACGUGUUUCACUUGUCGAAAAGAUGAAGCCAACGAGUAUUGCGGCUUAUGUGGGACAGAAACAAAUUAUUGGCCCAGACACUGUUUUGAGCUACUUAUUGGAAAAAGGAGAGAUUUCUAGCAUGAUAUUCUGGGGUCCACCUGGAUGUGGAAAGACAUCCUUGACGAAUAUAAUAGCAUGUUUAAGCAGAGAAUUAACGAGUAACAACGUGCACAUUGUGAAUCUAUCUGCAGCCAAUUCCGGUGUAAAAAGCAUAAGGGAAGCUGUUACUGCAGCGAAGAACAAAUCAAAAUUCGGAUGCAAGACCAUUGUCUUCAUGGAUGAAAUUCAUUGUUUCAAUAAGCUUCAGCAAGAUAUAUUCCUGCCACACGUAGAGGCAGGAACGUUCACUUUAAUUGGGUGUACCACCGAAAAUCCGUCUUACAGUUUAAAUCCAGCUCUGUUAAGUCGCUGUCGCGUAUUUGUGUUCAAUAAAUUAACGGAACGCAAUGUAACAGAGAUUCUUUAUAAGGCAAUAGAGUGCAUAAAUGGUGGCACGCUCGAUGCACAAGAAAAAGAACUGAAAAACAGCAGAAAACAGAUUAAAUUUCACUCCAAUACAAAACACAAAUUUCAUGUUGAUAAUAAUACGGUACAGUGGCUAGCAGAAGCAUGCGAUGGCGAUGCACGUGUAGCUCUGAAUGCUUUAGAAUUAGCAACGCUUGCAAAGCAGGCAGGUGGAUCAAAAGCAUCAUACAAUAAUAAUGUAACAAUAACUCUGAAAGAUAUUAAGGAAGGUUUAAUAAAAACGCAUGUGCUUUCUGAAAAAGAAACCAAUCAGAGCCAUCACAUGUAUUCGGCGCUUCAUAAAUCAAUAAGAGCUGGUAAGGCAAGUGCUUCUCUGUACUGGAUGGCUAGAAUUAUGGCAGCUAAGGAAGAUCCGGUAAACAUUGCGAGACGGCUGGUUAGAAUAUCUAGUGAAGACAUUGGUCUAGCGGAUCCAGACGCUUUAGGUGUAGCUGUUCAUACAAUGCAUGGCUGUCAAAUGAUUGGUAUGCCAGAGUGUGACGUGCUUUUGGGACAAUGCACGGUUUACUUAGCGAAAGCACCGAAGUCUCGAUCGAUAUACAAUGCAUUAAAAGCAGCUGAGAAAAUGAUUUUGGAAUGUAAAGGUCCUCAACCUGCCGUGCCAUUACAUAUGAGACAUAACUCAGCAGACAAAGCUAUAUAGAGUAGAUUCGAUAAAAUUUAUACUUUGUUCUUUGCGUAAUCAUUACUAAUUUAUCGUUUUUGUAAUAAUAAAUUUUUAUAACAAAUCCUUGUCUUGUAAAUAUUGGUAAUUUAACAAACCAAGAAAAUGUGGAAUCUGUUUAUUUAUAGAACCGCAGUGUACCGAUAUUUUUCAAGAAAAGCAGAGCUUGUAAAUAAUUAAGACUUAUAUUUUGUACGCCCUUUUAUUACACAUUUAUAUCUAGUUGGUUAAAGAAACCAUCAACCUCCAACAUUUCAGCAAAUUAAGCCAAAAUUAUUAUCAAUCCCUAUUCUAACCUGAGAUUGAGUGAUUGCAAUUGUCAGGCUGAGCAUGCUUAAUCGAUACAUUCAUUAUUUGUUAUUCUAUCAAUUAUUAAUAUUUAAUAAAUUAUUUAACUAUCAA